CGUCACAGAGACGCGACGGUGCCGGCGCCUGAAGAAGGAGCCUGCCGAGGGAUGCCCAAGAAGUUCCAGGGCGAGAACACCAAGUCGGCAGCGGCCCGGGCGCGGAGGGCUGAGGCCAAGGCAGCGGCAGAUGCCCGCAAGCAGAAGGAACUGGAAGAUGCUUACUGGAAGGACGACGACAAACACGUGAUGCGGAAGGAGCAGCGCAAGGAGGAGAAGGAGAAGCGGCGCCUGGAGCAGUUGGAGCGCAGGAAGGAGACACAACGCCUGCUGGAGGAGGAGGACUCAAAGCUCCGGGGUGGCAAGGCCCCCCGCGCCGCGCCCGCCAAAGUGACGCGCGCACACAUCGAGGACACGCUGCGGCGGGACCUGCAGCACCGCGACGAGCCAGCUGAGAAAGCCAAGAGCCACCUGGAGGUGCCACUGGAGGAGAACCUGAACCGGCGUGUGCUAGACGAGGGGAGCGUGGAGGCGCGCACCAUCGAGGACGCCAUCGCGGUGCUCAGCGUGGCGGAGGAGGCCGACCGUCAUCCUGAGCGCCGCAUGCGCGCGGCCUUCGCAGCCUUCGAGGAGGUGCACCUACCCCGACUCAAGCAGGAGAACCCCAACAUGCGACUGUCGCAGCUGAAGCAGCUGCUGAAAAAGGAGUGGCUGCGCUCUCCGGACAACCCCUUGAACCAGCGCGCCCUGCCCUUCAAUGCGCCCAAGUGAGGGUCGCCCCAGGAUUCCAGAGAGUUCCGUGCCAUCCCUGCUAGAGGCCCCUGCUCAGGAGUGCGAGGAAGCCAGGCCGAGCGCCCAAUAAAGGCGGUGGCGAGGCUGCCAUGAGCCCCUGA